GUUGAAUGGAGUAAGCGCGUAGACUCAUUGUUCUUUUACGAGGACAAUGAAGUCCCCUUCAAAUAGAAUACAGCUCCCACUCAAAUGCCCAUUUCCUUUUCCCUCCCCUUAUCUCUCGACGUCGCCGGUCGACCUCUGCUGGCAUGUCUCCUCAAUCACCCAGCUAUGACUCUACUUCGACGACCUACAUCUCUUCUGCCAAACUAAAACCCUACCUUGAGCUUCCCCACUAUCUCUCUCUAGCGUGGCUAGCUUAUCCUAUCCUUUCUCUUCUUUUCGUAGCCUUCAGACUCCAGAUCUCAUUGGCUUCAGCUCAGGACUCAAUCGCGAAUGCCAAGGACAACUUGAUUUCCAGUUGCAAAGCGGCAGAACGCGCGGCCACUUCUGCUGCUAGUAUGCCCAGGUUCAUGGCAUUGGCGACCAACGAGCGAUUCGCAGAUACGGUUAAUGGCUCGCUGAAUGCAGCACGUGCAGCACUAGUUCUUUCCUUGACCGUCAUGGAGGCUAUCAUCAACUUUAUCGUUGACCUUUACCGCUCGACGUUUCUAUGUUUCUUGGAGUUGGUGAUCCGUGGAGGUUUGGCAAUUAUUAUUGGCGCUGUGAAAGAGUUCGGCGAUUUGAUACAGAAUGUCGCUAAUGGUCUCGCGAGUUCCAUCCAGAAUGAUAUUAGCAGCGCUAACAACGUCAUCCGUGGUGCUAUUGACUCGAUCAAUAACGUCAAUCCAUUUUCCGAUAUCACACCACCUCAGAUACCAGUCCCCAACCUCGACGCGCUCACGAACUUCAAAUUCCCCACCACUCUCCAAGACUCCCUUACGAAUUUGAAUAGUACCCUUCCCACAUUUGAUGACAUCAAGCAGAAGCUCGAACAGAUAAUUGAUACCCCCUUUGAGCUCUUGAAGAAAGACAUCAAUGACACCUUUGCCGGCAUGUCCUUUGAUCGCUCCGUUCUCCCAGUCCCGGAGCAGAACACUGUCUCUUUCUGUAACGACCUCGACACGUCAGUCGUAGACGACCUAGGACGAGACCUCAUCAAAACUGCCAAGAUCGGCGUAAUCGUCAUUAUUAUUCUCGCACUCGUUUUAAUCGGUCUCAACUGCCUGCUGGAAUGGUACAAAUGGCGUUGCCAGAUGAACCAUCUCGAGUAUACUCGCCAGGCAUGGAUGACCGAUCGAACCAUUUCUUCUAAAGUGGGUGCUGGUACACCACAAAUAACGCUUUCGAACCAUAAUCUUCUCAUGCUGCAAGCCAAUGGCUCCCACCCGCUCAUCACUCGAAUCAUAAACCAGCUUUCCAACCGGCUUCGUUUAUCCUCUCAAACUCAGAUUCACGCCUCCUGGUUCCUCAACUACAUCUUCCACGCACCAGCUCUUGCGUGCUUCCUUAUCGGCUUCUUCGGUCUCCUUUCCGUUCAAAUCCAGCUCGCGGCUUUAGGUCCACUCCAAGCCAAGUUUGCAGAGAAGGAGACGCAGGCCGUCGCUGACUUUUCCCAAACCAUCUUCACAUCCAUCAACAACUCCAUGCACAACCAGUCAGCCACGUACGCUAAUGAUGUUAAUGGACGUGUCGACACCAUGCAAUCCAACCUCAACAACGGGCUCUUUGGUUGGGUCAACGGAACGACCACGGCAAUUAACACUACGAUCAAUGAGGUGUACGAUGAUAUUCAAAACGCUGUGAACACGGUCUUCAAUGGGACGAUUCUCCAACAGCCCGCACAAGAAUUUAUUCGAUGCUUGAUCGGUUCCAAGGUCGACGCGAUUGAAAACGCGUUGACAUUUCUACAUGAUAAUCUCAAGGUGGAUAUUCCGAGGAUGAAUCAGAGCGCUUUGGUUCUUUCCGAGGAUCAUGUCAAUGAAGCGACUCAACCGAUUGCUGCUGCUGCUGUUGGGAGUGGCGGGGAUGGCAGCGAUGGAGGAGGUAUCGUUGGGAGACUUGUGAACGCUUAUGCGGAGUCAUUGAAGAAGGAACGGGUCAUGUUCUUGAUUUUUAUCGGGUUGUGGGGAUUCGUGUGUUUGAUGGGUGUUGGAUUCUUGUUAUGGGAUGCGUAUGGGGCGGUGUGGAAUGAGAAAAGGAAGCGGAGGAAUUGGGAGAGGGAGCAGAGGGGUGAAGUUGUGCCUUAUCCCAUUUAUGGAACUGGUUACACAGAUGGUGGGGAGAGGGAGAAAGGGGACGGACUUAGGCCGUUGACGCCACUGGAGGAGAGUGAUAAGGAUGUCAGUAACAAGAGCUGGGAUAAUUUCUUUGGCGGAUUCAAGAAACCCUUUCAAGAAGGAGAGAGGACGCGGACCAUCAGUGGUCCUAUGAAGUUGAAGGCCUUCGUGAAGGAUACUAAGGAGGUCCCUGAUGAUAAACAGUUGGAACCCCUUCCCUUCCCAGAGCCCGAGACGAAGAACUCCAGGUGGUUCAGUCGGUUCACCGGGCAGUUUGGGAAGAAACAGAAAGAGCCUGAGCACGUACCGUCAAACUUUACUUCUGCCAACGAACGAUCCCAGUCUCGCUGGUCAGCUUCACCCAUCCCAUCCCCCACAACUCCUCGUGCGCGUAUAGCUCCCUGGGUUACGGUUUUGUCCCCCACUCGGAAGAGUUCCUCCGCCACCCCUCCUCCCAUCCCUCAAGACGUUAAUUCGGUGUACGAGAGCUCUCAAGUACGGGUCCCUGCGACCACUUCAAAUUCAUUGGCGCCCCCGUUACACCAUGGAUUCGGAUUCAAACUCGCGCCCGCUCCUCCUAAACACCCGAACCUCUCCAAGCCCGCGCCCGAACCGGAGCUCUCUGUAACCCCAGUUACACAACUUCUCUCGAGUCGUCCCGCGUGGCGAUCAAGCAUGAUGAAUCCAUUUCAAACGCCUUUUGACGAUGAACACCAGGUGAAGAUUGAACAAGCGCCUCAGAGGAAGAGUAUUCCGACGAAUCCGUUCCUUGGAGGGAAGGCAAUCUAAGAGUUUUAUCGUGAUUUUUCUUGACGAUGGCGAUGUAUAUUGUAAACACGCGUCCGGACGCUUUAUGUUUUUUUCUUGUUUUUUCCCCCCUCAUUUCAGUUUCAGUUUUACUUCACUUGUAUAUCUUACGCAUAGCUCUAAUUGUUUCUUGCUCACUCUCUUGUACUUACGACUCUGAUGUAGCUCACUAUCUUUGCCAGCUUGCUUGCAUCUACAUACAUAAUUAGGACACUCGCAUGUGUAUUUUUAUACAUUGACCCAAUAUAUCGAUAUCGAUAUCUUAAC